GAUAAAAGGGGAAGUCAGGCUUAGAAAAAACACCAAAGGAAGUAGCUACAAGUAAGUUAAAACAAGGAAGCUCACAAAAACUACCACUUAAAUAGAACUGCUUAUUAAGGUCUGUGACAAAUUUUCUGUAAUUGGUUUUAGAAACUGGAUUUACAGCAAUAAGUUCUCGAUAAAAGUCACCUGACUCGCUGGAUUUAAAGAUUCUUUCGUUCUUGAGCCAGUGGUCUAAGUAUUGCUGCAGUGUCUCAACUAUCCAUAGUGUUUCUGGCCAUACCACAUCCUGUUGAGCUAAGCAGCGCUUCAACAUGGUUGUCACAGCACAGUCAUACAGAUUCAAGUAGAAGAGAAUUGAAGACUCCGUAUAUAAGGUAACGAGUGAGUAGGACUUCUUCGGGCAGUCAGUGGUGAGUGAGCAGUCAUGGCAGACCAGGUGCAAGGCUUGUCCUAUUUCUAUGGCAACAUCACUCGAGAAGAAGCUGAGCACUAUCUGAGGCAAGCAGGCAUGAGCAAUGGCCUCUACCUGCUCCGCCAGAGUCGCAGCUACCUGGGAGGAUUUGCACUGUCUAUAGCCUAUAGCCAUCAAUGUUACCACUACACCAUUGAGAGAGAGAUGAACGAUACAUACGCCAUAGCAGGUGGAAAAUCCCAUCGCACUCCAGUGGAUGUGGUCGAUUACCAUGCUCAGGAGACUGACGGCCUGGUGUGUCUGCUGAAAAAGCCCUGCAAUCGGCCCAGAGGCGUCGAACCCAAGGUGGGAGCUUUCGAGGAUCUGAAGGAGAAGCUCAUCAGGCAGUAUGUGCAGCACACAUGGAAGCUAAAGGGUCACUCAUUGGAGCAGGCUAUCAUCAGUCAGAGGCCUCAGCUGGAGAAGCUGAUUGCCACUACGGCACAUGAGAAGAUGCCCUGGUUUCACGGGACCAUAUCACGGGAAGACUCUGAGCCACGUUUACUUAACCGUCCCACCAAUGGCAAAUUUCUAAUCCGGCAGCGAGAUAACAAUGGCUCCUAUGCACUCUGUCUUCUCCACAAUGGCCAAGUCAUGCACUAUCGCAUUGACAGGGACAAAGCUGGCAAACUCUCUAUUCCUGAUGGGAAAAAGUUUGACACACUUUGGCAGCUGGUGGAGCAUUAUUCAUAUAAACCUGAUGGCCUGCUCCGGGUGCUGGUGGAUCCCUGUCCACGACCCGAAGGCCCACCUGCACUUCCUGGAAAUCAUCCUGAUCUGGGUGGCACAAGUGGAAUUCUCUCCAGAAUCAGAUCCGCUUCCUUCCCCAAACCUGGUCUCAAAAAGACAGCGUUAAAGAGGUGUAAAGAAAAGAUCUUAGAUGUUUGCCCUAGUAAGCUUACAUCAUACCUUCGCAAAAAUCAUGAGACAGAUAAUCCUUAUUCACCGGGGGCAGCAGUGCCUACCACAGCAGAGGAUUUACCCAUGAGCAGUGAGGUGUAUGAGAGUCCAUAUGCUGACCCUGAUGAACUACGCUCAACUACAGUGGACCGGAAAAACCUGAUCCUUGAGGAUGGAGAGCUUGGCUCAGGCAAUUUCGGCACAGUCCUUAAAGGCAUUUACCAAAUGAGGAAAACACAGAAACAGGUAGCAGUAAAGAUCCUGAAGAACGAUGAUAACAAUGCUGCAGUACGGGACGAAAUGCUUCGUGAGGCUGAAGUCAUGCAGCAGCUGGACAACCCCUACAUAGUGCGUAUGAUCGGCAUCUGUGACGCCGAGAACCUCAUGUUAGUCAUGGAGCUGGCUGAGCUUGGCCCUCUGAACAAGUAUCUGCAAAAGAAAAGACUUCCAAUUAAAAACGUCACUGAGCUUGUGCAUCAGGUCUGUAUGGGGAUGAAGUACCUGGAGGAGCAUAAUUUCGUUCACAGAGACUUGGCAGCCCGCAACGUGCUGUUAGUCACACAGCACUAUGCAAAAAUCAGUGACUUUGGCCUGUCCAAAGCCCUCACCAGUGAGCAUGAUUAUUAUGAGUCUAAAGGUCAUGGUAAGUGGCCUGUGAAGUGGUAUGCACCUGAAUGCAUGAACUUCUUCAAGUUCUCGUGUAAGAGUGAUGUGUGGAGCUUUGGAGUGCUGAUGUGGGAGGCUUUUUCAUAUGGACAGAAACCAUACAAGGGGAUGAAGGGAAAUGAGGUAAUCCAGUUGAUUGAGAGUGGCGAGAGGAUGGGCGCUCCACUUAACUGCCCAUCUGAGAUGUACAACAUCAUGUUGAAAUGUUGGACAUACAAGCCGGAUGAGAGGCCAAGCUUUUCUGUGGUGGAGCCCAGGCUAAGAGACUACUACUAUGACAUUUCUCAGUGACCAGCUGGAAGAAAACAGAAUGAAGAGUCUUUCCCCAGGAGCAGUUUGUACAUGGUUUUAAGGACUGGCCACACUGAUUUAUUUAAUAUAAUGUACCUGCAAAUUAUCCAAGUCUUCUUCUUAAUAUUCCCUUUUUUGCAAGCCAAAGUUAUGAUGAAGUCAAUGAGAGCCUGCUGUCUUGGUCAUUUUUCUACAUGUCUAAAGACCUGGUAAUUAGCAAUAACUGAAAUUUUCACAUCACCAUUACUGCAAUUUUUAAAAUCAUAUAACUGUUUUCUAUAUUAUGUGAUUCUAUUUAAAUAUUACCCUCUUUUACUGGUUUCAUUAGAAGCAUUUUAGCAGUAACUUUCACUGUUAUUCUACAUUAUAGUUAAUGUGCCUGUGGACUGGUACAACUUCUAAUCUCCUAAAUAGGUUAAUGCACUGAUCCACUCAUCACACUUCUUGUCCCCAUCCCUCAAACCAUUGAGCGUCAUCCCACUCACUUUUUUGGUACCUCUGCAAGCCUUCUGUAAAGAUGACAUACAUAAACAUAAAUGUAAGCAUGCUCUAAGACUUGGGAAUGUGAUGCCAUGACACAGUAUCUUACAUUUUGUCAGCAUGUCUCAGUAAAAUAGCCCAACCCAGAUUAGCUAUUUGACAAGGUUUCAUACAAACUGAGUGUACUAAAUGUUUGAGUUGUUAUAGUGGGAAGCUAUUGUUCUUUAAGGAAAAGGCAAAACCAGAGAUGGUAAUAUAUGUAAUAUAUGUAAACACAACAGGAAUUCUUGUUAUGGAAAAAUAAUCAACGAAAGGGUGUCUCGAAACAGCAUGUCUGAAAGUGGUUUUAUUCAAACAAUGGCAAGAUUUUUUUUUUUUCAUCUUUUAAAGAAAAGCAUCAUAUUUUGCAUGUGUUUAUCAUUGCAUUUAAUGUUAUCCAGGAAACAAGUUAGUUAUAAAGUGCUGACAAUAAUCAUCCCAAUGCUAAAUACAUCAAUAUAGCAGUUUUAAAUCCGUUCAUGUGAAGUGUCGGCUAUACAACUCUAUAUGUUAGACAAAAACCAUUAAUAUAAGCCUGCUGAUUUUAUCCUCAUACAAACCCUUGUCCUAUAAAUUCCUUUUAAACUUAAAAACAUCUGAAACAAUAAUCUCAGCAAUUUCAGCUGAGAUGAAAUGGCAGAAAAUCCACAAAUGAGGUGUGUAACAACACCGAUUCGUUGAAGUCUGAUAGCUUAGUCUGAUUAAAAAAAAAAAGAACACAAGGCAUUUAAAUCUGUAUGGAACAGCAGGUUGACACAAAUAAAUAAAAUAAAAUAAGCCACAAAAAUAA